AUGAUCAUGUCUCUAGAGUCGAAAAACCGUCUUCGAUUGUUGAUACCACGCCUGAAUUCCAAGACAGACAAGGUCCUCAAAACAUGCAAACGGUGCAGACAGCACAAGACCAAAUGCGACGCUCACCAUACCAACCCGUAUCCAUGCUCGCAUUGCGUCAAGAAGAAUUUGAACUGCACUUUGGAAAUCAUCAAUAAACCCUUGGGCAGAGUCAGAACAGUUGACGAUGUCGAGAAAUUGGCAUCGGAAGUGGAGGAAUUAAGCCAUCAUUUGAGCAAAAUCAUCGAGCGCAAGACCCGGAUUAUCGACUCCUUGGUUCUUCGAGGGAAGCAGUUGCAAAUCGAGUCCCAAGUUCGCCUUGCUAAAAAAAAUUGUCCAGAAAAGAGGCGCAAGGUGGUGCAAGCCAGUACCCCUGCCGUUUCCGAGAUUGAAACUUGUAUCAGCACUCCCGAGAGCUUGCAAUUGGACGAUGAACCACCCCAGAAACAGAAGCAGCAGCUGGAGCCAAUUUUACCCAGGAAAACGUUGCAGCUGGACUAUUCCAAAUUUACAAUUGCAAGCAGUGGCACUACCGAGCCAGUGCUGCUAUCUCACAAACAGGCACAAUUUUAUUUCACGAAUUACGAACGCAAUUUCAAUUCUUCUUUACCCAUUUUCCCCGACGACUUCUUCCAUUCCACCAACCUUGUUGAAUUUGCGCGCGAGAAUGAACUUACAUUUUGGUGUAUCAUCACCACUUCGCACUUGAACCAGUACGAGCAAGCUGAACAGUACAAGAAACUUGCAGACCACACCAAGUCGCUCGUUGUUGAGAAAUGCUGGCUACAAACACCACGAUCCGUCUAUAUCAUUUCAUCCUUGUUGAUCUUGACCACAUGGCCCUUGCCCAACCACAAGACUCAAAUCUCGGACAAUUUAUGCGUCAAAUAUAUAAGCUUGAUGAAGUCGCUAAGCUUGCAAUUUGGAUUGCACAAGCUAGAUUUCAUCAAUGAGUUUAGCCACAAGACCAAAUUGAACUUGACCCAGGAAGUCAAUGUCAACAAGAGAAUCAGAGAACGCAUCUACAAGUUCAUCAACAUCAACUCCAACUAUUGGCUUAUCAAUCUCGGCUUGUCCAAUAACAACUACAACGGAUUCACCCAGGACUACAUCAUCAACAAAUCGUGCAACAUUGACAUCUUUGACACCUCGAUCCCAUCAACCGACCAAUAUAUAAACUCGCUUUUGAAAAUCUCCAUGAUCCAAUCGAAAUUGAAUGAAAACAUGAAUGCGUUGAUUGGCGACGGGUUCACCGAUGAUGGGUUAACGCUAUUGCCGCAGCAAAUCACCACUUCAAGAUUGAUCAAUUUCAACAGCUUUGAAAUUGUCUUGGACGAUUUGAACCGGAUGCUCGCGACACACCGCGACUCUACCACCACUACCACCUCCUCCUCCACCAGCACAAAUCAACAAGACUUGGAAAAAUUGAUUGAGAUCUCCAUUGCAUAUUCCAAAUUGCAGCUCUUUGUCUAUGCCAUGUCCAGAUCGGGCAACAUAUCAAUCGCGGAGUACAAGAUCUACGUGGCGAAACUAUUGAAUUGUUGCUUUGACAUUGUCAAGAUUGUCCAGUCGCAAAGUGAUUAUUUGAAAUUGCCGAUUUUCUUCAAGUUCCCCAUUGAGCUCGCGUUGCUUUGUCUAUUGCGAUGUUUCAAAUCGCCCAUGUUGACUUGUCCCCAGGAUUACCAAGUCGUCAAGAGUGCAUUUAGGAAGUUGUACAGCAUGGUGUUUCAACGUCCGAAUUGGCAAUUUGCCAAUUCAAAAUUACACAAGAUUAUUGAAAAGUUUACCUCGCUAUCUAAUCAGUUCAUCAUGCGCCGGCAAUUGCUCGAUGCAAAAGCAGAAGCAGAAGCAGAAACAGAAGAAGAAGAAAAUAGUGAUGCGGGAUUCUUCCUAGUCACAAAGAUGAAAAACUAUCUAGUUUCAAGCUUGCAGUAUGAGUUGAUCUGGCUCGUGUACGAAAACGAAUGCAGACCCGACAUUGAAAAACUGUUGGACAUUUCCGCUGAGGAGUGGUUAACUUUUGGAGUCCGCGACGUGCAACUACAACGGUAUAUUCUCUCAAAUGAUUCUAUAUGCUUGUAA